CCUACCUUGAGUAUUUGGCUUCAAAUCAUAAUAAUACUCAAAUUAAGACCCGUUAAAGGGCCCGUAAUGACAAAAUGUCCAACAUGUACCCACUAUUUGACUACUACCUGCAGACUACCGAAUCCACUCUUAUCUUCCACUUGUGGGGACCAGAAGUUCAAAAGCCAAGAUCCAAGAUACCUCAUUAUGAUAAGGAAAAAACAGGCCCCACCGAAAAAACACCUAUCGCGCGUUGGUCAAAGGACAGUUUGGGCGACACCACGCAGGAUCGUAGGUUGCCACCAUUACCUCAGGUGGUAUACCAGUCACUGUCGGCCUUCUCAAUGCGACAUUCCUGCGACAAACAAACCGCCGCCUGAUAAUCAAAGAUGACGGAUCUCACCUUAUUAACUCCGCGGUGGUUGAAGCUCAGAAGCCAGUCGUAGUUCCAUCUAGUGAAAC